AUGGCGGACUCCCUCGACGAUAAGACGGCCCUUGAACGGAAAGACCCCGAAACCACCACUGGCGCUGUCAUCGAGAUCCCCAUCAACGCAUCCGGGCAUAAGCAAGAACUCGACCGCAAUUUCAGCUUCCUCGCCAUCUGCGGACUCGCCGUCACAAGCGGCAAUGUCUGGGUGGCACUUGGAGGAAGCGUGACCGUCGCAAUCUAUAACGGCGGUCCUCCAGGCGUGCUCUAUGAAUUCAUCGUUGUAUCCGUCUUCUACUGGCUCGUUGCAGCUUCAAUCGCCGAGCUCGCUUCUGCCAUGCCGUCCUCUGGUGGGGUCUAUCACUGGGCUUCUAUCACGGCCGGGAAAUACGGUCGCGUUUGCGGCUGGUUUGCGGGAUGGUGGAACUUCCUCGCUUGGGUCUUCGCGAUUGCUGCUACUACAGAAAUCAUUGGGGCACAAGCUGUGUCCAUGUACGCGGCUUUCCAUCCGGCAUUCGUGACGCAGAGGUGGCACGUCUUUGUUGCUUACAUCAUUGUCAAUUGGCUGGCUUGUUUCUGUGUGCUUUUUGCCAACUGGAUCCUUCCAUUACUGGAACAGGGAGGCGCUUUCCUCAUCGUGGCCGGCGUUCUGAUCACAAUAAUUGUAUGCGCAUCAAUGCCGCCUAUGCACGCUACCAACGCGUUCGUCUGGAGUGAAUGGACAAAUACGACUGGGUAUUCGAGCAAUGGAUUCGUUUUUUUACUCGGCAUGUUAAACGGUGCCUACUCUGUGGGAACUCCAGAUGUAGUAACUCAUCUCGCGGAGGAGAUUCCCAAGCCAAGCAAGAAUAUCCCCAAAGCUAUCCUCGCCCAAUUCGUCAUCGGCUUUAUCACAGGCUUCACUUAUCUCAUCUCCAUCUUCUACAGCAUAUCCGAUCUCAAUAAAAUCCUCGAUAGCACCUUCCUCUUCCCCCUCGCCUCCAUUUACCAACAAGCGACCGGCUCAGCCGGAGGAACUCUCGGCCUGCUCAUCAUCGCCAUCUUACCCAACCUGAUAUCACUACUAGGCUGCUACCUCACCGCUAGCCGCGUGUUCUGGACCUUAGCACGUGAUAACGCGACUCCCUUUGCUGGCUUGUUCAGCCGAGUCAGCCACAAACACCGCAACCCUUUCAACGCGAUCCUCCUCUGCGCGGUCAUCUCCACCAUCCUAGCUUGCAUCUACCUCGGAUCCCAAGCGGCUUUCAACGCCUUUAUAGAUUCUUUCGUCGUGCUAUCAAGUAUAUCCUACUUAGCAGCCAUCCUCCCGCAUCUGCUAAGCCGACGGUCCGAAGUAGCGCCAGGCUGGUUCUGGAUGAGAGGGCCUACCGGCUUCAUCGUAAACGCUGUCGCUUGCAUGUACAUCAUAGUCUUUGUCGUGAUAUUCUGCUUUCCGUUCUCCAUGCCCGUUUCGGCGCCCACGAUGAAUUACUCCAGCCUUUUGACUGGCGGCACGACGAUAUUUGUAGCGCUGUUUUGGUUUUGGCGGCAGCGGGAGUAUGAGGGACCGAAGUAUGUUGCUCCUGAUGCUGAUAUGUUGGCUGCGGACGCCAUAUAG